GCCAAAUGAGUAAGCUCGCUUACGAAAAACUCGACGCGUGAAGAUCCUUUCAGCAGCUGAUCAUCCAUAAAAAAACCACUUUCCAAAUUAUGUUCAGUAAAAAAUUGGGAAUUUCGGUGAUGUUGAGCACCGAAAAUAAUUCAAUUUGAGCGGAAUGACAGAAUUUUUUUUUAAUUAGCAUUGCCUACGAACACGUUUCCAUUUUCAACACUUACAAACAGCUUAUUUUUUGUAGAACUAGUUUUUUCGAAAUUCGGCUAUUUUGUAGACAAAAAUAUGUUAUGCAUCUCAUGAUUAAAAUCAUAAAAAAUCGUACCGUACUCUUCAAUCGAAAGGUGUAUAUAGGAUCGUCCGAAAGUUGAGAACGGUAGUAAUGGUAUCGAAUAUAAUGGUAGUCGAACGUUGAAAGCCAACGCCUACGUUCUAUCUUGUAUUUUAUUCUAACCGGAACAAUAUGUGAUGUGAUGUGAUGCUAUAGUGUAUAGGGAAAGGAACAAAAGGUAUAAUAACAUUUCCGACCGGACGGAAAGCCAACCCUACGCAGACCUAUAGUGAACAAUCAAACACGUGGGUAGUCAGCUAUUGGCAAAUAAAAAUUUUUUAAUCUUUUUCGUUAUUCGUGUAAACCUUCUGAUGAGCUUGAUCACAAAUAAGGUAUACGUGUUUGAACUGAAUAGACCGGAUUUCCAAGUAGGAAGUCCAGGUGACUGCGCUUCCUAUAUAUAUUGUACAACCUUGACCAAAUUUGCUAAGUGUAAAAUUUCAUCAAAAAAAGUUAAGCUUGUUAUAAAAUUGUGACCCGUAACGAAUUUAUUAAUUUUAACAAAUAAAAUGUGUGCUUUUCAUCAGAUUUUCAUUUCAAGAAAUGAAAAUUCGAAGAAACUACAACUAAUGACAAAAAAAUUGCACAACUUUAACAUUAAGUUAUUUCGACAUUCGAGUAAUCUCAAAAUACGUCAAACAUCAUCAAGCUAUAUAUUUUCAGCAAAAAAAUGCGUAAAGUUGGGAUGAAAUCAAAUUAAAAUGAUCUCGAACUUUUUCUAAUUCGAGUGAAUUGCCAAAAUGAACUUUUAAUUUAUUUAUUAAUAUUACGAAAAUGCAUCAGAAAAUAACGGUAGGCCUUUAUUUAUAUUUUAAGCACAUGAUGAAAGGUGUGUUGUGGGAACAAUGGCAAACUAAAAAACAGACAACAUUAGGUUUCUCGAAUAGAAAGGUAGGAGGCUAUAUCAGCGGCAUCCGUACCUCCUCGUCGCAUUGUUUCAACGGCUGCUUAAGUUGUUGGAUCACUUUUCGCACCUCAGAAACAGAAAGAGGCUGGAAAUUUUAUAUUUUCUACAAUCGAUUAAUUUAUUUGUUAUUGACUCACUACAGUUAGUUAGAAAAAAAUGAAAGCGGUGUUCUAUUAUCUUUCUUCGCUACUUGUUUUUGCAGCCUCCGUCAUGCCCAACACAUCAUUAAGAGAUACUGAGACUCUACAGGAUUCUAGUGCAUCAGCGCAGUCAUUACUGAAGAUGGGAACUAUGAGUAUGACUGACAAGGAUUCCUCGAUGAUGUCGUCCAGCAGCGAGGAUGGCCAACAAGUGACCAACAUUGGUGACAAAAGUGAUGAAGUUAGUGAUACUUCUGAACUUCCAGGGUUUAAUUUGUCACUAUUUCCUACCGCUUCAAUUUUUGGCGCCAAUCCGAUGUUUCAAAAAUUACAAGAAUCACUGCGGGUAAUUCGCGAUCAACUCAACACCCUGUGGAGUUUAAAUGAAGAUAGUUAUCCUUCAUUUGAUAUUCCAGAUAACUACGUUAACAGCACCUCCUAUUCCAAACUUGUUAACGGUACGCUGGUUACUGUUAACGAAACCAUUUAUAAGUUGACAAACCAGGAUGGCAUACAGUCCUUUUACCACACUAAAGCGAUAUCGAUAUACCCAGAUAACGACACAGAUUCUACUCUUCACAAACAGCAUGUUAUUACUCACGAGAAGGAAACCAGGAUAGACAACUCAGCUAUGCGAGAUUCGGGUAAUUCUGCUGAAGAGGUCGACAUUGAAAUAGAAAAUUCAACCGAGAUUCAUGCAUGACUGUAAUUUAGACACCAAAAAAUUUAUUCCGCCCUUUUUUAAACACAAUGAGGUCCAAGUAGAAAAAUUCUUACUCCCAUCCCAUGACAAGGCACCUAUAACUUUAACCAAAACUUACAUUUUUAACAAACACCAUUUUGAGAAUACAUCCAUGCAUGAUCUAGCUAAUUUUGUUAAAUCCCAAUUUUAUUUUUUUAGUCCUUUAAUUAUUAGUUUUUAUUACCUAAUAUUUAAAGGCGCAUUGUUACUUUUGACACAAUUCCCAUGUGUAACAACUAUACCGUUAACAGAGAAAUAAAAAUAGCCAAAAGAUUA